AACUUGUCGGGUUUCACAUUCAAAGAUCCAAAAUGUCCCGUAGAUUGCAGAACCACAGCCAGGAACUCUAAUCUAAUUUGACGCCAACUUUCAUCCAAUUGGAAUAUUACUAAAUCUCUUUUCACGAUUUCACAUUUGAUUCUUCUCAAUUUUACCUCUGAUUCUCUCUUUGCACCUUUGUUUUUGUGUUGGUUUUAAUAUUUUUUCUUUUCCGGGCAAAGUUCUGUUUAUUUUAUUGUUUUCAGUCUUUGGUCAAUUUUCACUGUCUCCUGAUGAUCAUUUUACCAUGUGGGGUGAGUUAAUUUGAGAGUGUUGUGCGCUGAUUUCUUCUUAAAGGCUCAAAAGGGGUCUUCUGGGUUUGAUCGAACAACCAAAAAGAGUCUCUUGUUAUCAUUUCAACGCUACCAGAUGCCAGAAAACAGGCAGGUUCUCAGGAAUGCUGAUUCUACACCUUCUGGUGACAACAUUGAAGAAGCGAUUCGCCGUUUGAAAAUCAAUGAUAAUUGGGAUAGAGAUGCUGCAGCUCAAUCUACCCAAUAUCCAGAUCGACCCGGUGAACCCGAUUGCUUGUAUUAUUUGAGGACUGGAAUGUGUGGUUAUGGGAGUAACUGUCGCUACCAUCACCCUGCUCAUAUUUCAAUUGGUUCUCAUUAUGGUGAAGAACUCCAGAGGACCGGGCAACCUGAUUGUGAGUAUUUUCUUAAGACAGGGACAUGCAAAUAUGGAUCAACAUGUAAAUACCAUCAUCCAAAGGACAGGCGUGGUGCUGCUCCUGUGUCAUUCAAUACUUUAGGUCUUCCAAUGCGUCAGGAAGAAAAAUCAUGUCCCUAUUACAUGAGAACCGGGUCUUGUAAGUUUGGUGUUGCAUGCAAGUUUCAUCAUCCACAGCAUGCUUCCAUUGGAGCAUAUCCCUUGGCUGGAUCUCCUACCUCAACAAUUAUCCCUACAUCAGGUUUACCAUAUGCUGGAGGGUUUCCUGCAUGGUCAGCAGUACCAAGAGUGUCAUAUUUAUCUGGGCAAGGUGUUCAAUCUUAUGUGCCUCCUUUUCUCUCUUCUUCACAAGGCAUUAUACCCGUGCAGAGCUGGAACAACUACAUGGGAAGUAUGAACCCAACAAUGCCUACUGGUUAUCUUGGAUCUAAUCUUGUUUAUGACUUCAUGAAUCUGGGGGAGUCACUUUUCGGCGGGCAGGCGAUAAAUUCAGCUCUCCCAAAUCGACCUGAUCAACCAGAAUGUAGAUACUUUAUGAGCACUGGGACCUGCAAAUAUGGAUCCGAUUGCAAGUUCCACCAUCCAAAGGAAAGAAUAUCUCAAUCAUUAAUAAAUCCACUUGGCCUUCCUGUGAGACCUGGGCAAGCUGUGUGCUCUUACUACAGAAUCUAUGGAAUGUGCAAAUUUGGUCCAACAUGCAAAUUUGAUCAUCCAGUUUUGACUAUCCCUCAGAACUAUGGCUUGACUUCACCUGCUCUAGCACUUGAUGCUCCUCUUAUUAGUAACCAAAGAGGGUUAUCAAGUGUACAACCACCUGAGACAUCUCCUUCUAAAUUAUCAAGCGACAACAAGCUUCAGCACUCUGAUGCAAAAGCUGCCACAGAAGAUUCAUCCAAACAAGCUGAUACUACACCAAACUCCUUCCCAGCCUCCUCAGAGCCUUUACAUGACUAAACUACUUCAAGUUUUAUUUUUCUUUGGGACAAUUUAUUUUUUCCCCACAUUUUCAGGAGAAGUAUAUCAUACACACGUACCAUCUAUUCCCCCCUUUCACCUGCAAUUCUGUCGAGUUGGAUAGUUUGUUCAGAGGUUGUUGUGACAACCGCUACCUUGUGGGGAAUGGAAGGCAUUUUUUGUGGUGAAUAAAAUGCAGGUAGAAAGUUUAUGACCCUUCUUUUUUUCCUCUCUCUGCUGAGGUUGGUUUGCUAUAACACUUAAAAAUGGUAAAUGAAAAAAACUCAGGGAUGCAUGACAAACUUGUCACCAAAUUUUUACCCCAUUUUUUAAGGGACAAUUAAUAAUUUAGAGUGGUGGCUGUGUAGAGUUUGGAAGUUCUAGAUUAUUGUCGGGUGUUUUGCAGCAGAUUUGGUCAUUUGGGUCUUUCAUGUCUCUGAUGUGAGUAUAAACAAGAAAGACAAUAAUUAUAGCAA